AACCGGAAGCUGUAUUCCGUUGUUUACAUCCUUCGAGGUCCAGCUAGCGAAACUGGAGAACUACAAUUCUUUUCUUUUUUUUUUCUUCAAAAUGCCGGGUACGAUGUUUGUGUAUUUAUAACCGUUUUUUCUAUCUCCUCUCUGUCGGUGCACCGGGCCGCCAUGGCGUUAGCCCGCUGCUGGUGCCGUCUCUGGGCGACGUUACCGCUGGUCCUGCUGCGGUGGCCCGGGCUGCUGGUCGCGGCGGAGCAGGUCGCUCUGGUGGAGGUUUUCCUGGAGCAGCGGCCCGUCGUCAGCGCUCUGCUGCAGGGGGAGGUGGUGGAGUCCGGCGGGGGCUCCGAGGACCGGGAGGAGCUGCAGGGAGAGCUGGUCCUGGUGGCCGAGGAGACGCAGGUGAGCGGAGGAGGAACGGGAGAGGACGACCCCAAGGAGCAGGAGCUGUGGAUCGGGGUGGUGCCGCUGGAGGUGGACGAAAACAAAGCCUCCACUGGAAACCAGGAGUCCUUCACUGAUGCUAUGGUCAAUAAAAUGAAGCGAGCGCUGGUCCUCGGAGCGUCUGCGCUGAUCAUUCUGGCCCUCAACCAAAAGACCGUCAGCGAGAUGGAUCUGUCUCAGGUGCUGUCCAAGCCCAUCAUUGUGAUCCAGACGUCUGAGAACGUCACCAAGCUGAUCGGAGCUCUGCUCAGGGGUCUGCAAGCCACAGCGAAAGUCACAUACAAGACGAUCCUGCAGGACAACCUGGGAGCCACGCUCACGCUGUGGUCCAGCUGCGGCCGCUCGAGAGGAGGUCCCUACGGAGAGUGGCAGGGGGUCAUCUGCACGGGAGAGACCAACUCUCAGGUCCAGAAGUACCUGCAGCAGCUGUGGGACACGGUCCUCCUGGUGGCUCUGGUCCUCAGCACGGGGGUCAUCGUUCAGGCCCGCUGGCAGAACCAGGACCGUCAGCGGAACGAGGACUUGGAGCUCUUCCCCAAACAGGACGUCCUGAAGCGAAUGUCGUCCCUGAAGACCAAAACGUACCUGCAGCCCAAACCGUGGUGCGACCCGUCGCAGCCGGCGGAGACGGACACCUGCGCGGUCUGUCUGGAGCCGUUCAACAACAACCAGUGUCUACGGGUGCUGCCGUGUCUCCACGAGUACCACAGAGACUGUGUGGACCCCUGGCUGCUGCUGCAGCACACCUGUCCUCUGUGCAAACGCAGCAUCCUCGGUGUUCGCAGAGACACUUAACGGCCGCCUCGCCUCCGAACCUUUUCCUGACCUCGCCGCUUCCUGCUCGCCGCAAACGGGACCCCCCCCCCCCCCCCGAAAGCGACCACGAGCUCCUCGCGGCGGCCGGUCGGCCACGUGAACGGGGUCAGACUCUGACCUCUGACCUCCUGCCCGGGUGCAGCAAAUCUCAGACAGUACUGUUGCACGUAAACGGUACUUCCUCCUGUGAUCACGUGACCGCACACUUUAUUUAAACAUUUAGUUUUAAUGCGUGAGGAUGCUUCACGGUAACGGCGUCAGUGUUUCAACUGAGCGGACGUUCAAAGCUUUAUGGUUCUAGGAGUGUAAAUGUCACUUUUUGGUCCAAAUGAUGUCAAUAACCAACUUAUUAACAGAGUUAAAAAACAUGACCAAACUCAUAGUUUGCUAUUAAAUGCUAGUUGUUGAGGUUUAGUCCAGAAGUAAGUGAGCUACAGGUGGAAAGAGUGUUUGCACUUGUCCUUAACAUGCCUUUUUAUUAUUAUUAUUAGAAUAAAAUAUAUAUUUAUUCAUUCACUGCAGUGAAAACCACAAACACAGCAUUUACACUUUUAGUUGUGUAUGUUUCAGUAACUAAAUUCAUUAGUUUAUAAACCGCUCGUGAUAGAAGUUAAACAGUUUACAGAGUUUGUCCAGAGUUGGACGUUAGACCCUCAUUUUGAUUAUAUUGAUCUUUAUCUCCUUUUGAUUAUAUUUAUCUCAUUUUGAUUAUAUUUAUCUCCUUUUGAUUAUAUUUAUCAUUUCCUUCUAGAAGGUCAUCUCACCGACUGAUGUACGUGCAGCCGAACUCUUGCGAAGUCUCAAAACUAAAUUAUAAUGUGAAACAAAAACAGCAUUUUUGUUUCGUUAUUGUAUUUAUUUUGCAACGUCAACUCGAAAAAAAGCAAUUACAUGUGCUUUUUUGUGUGUGUGUGUGUGUGUGGGGCGGGGGGGCUUUUUGUUACAAAAUGCUCCGAUAGAUAGAUCUGUUCAUCUCUUCAUAGAAAAUAGUCUGUGCAUGGCAACAUGGAGAUGGGGGGGGGGUCUCUAAAAGGCCACGAGGGCGCCCCCUGUAGGGCACGUGCUUCCAAACACGACGGCGGCAGCGUUUGAUUUAUUUAAAAAAAAAAAUAAAAAAUAAUUUAAACAAAAAGGCUGGACACCAGCGGUGUGAGCCGGGCGGGCGACAUUUGCGAUGCACUUGAACGUUACGCGCAGGCGUCUUUUUUAAAUUUUUUUUUUACAGGAGUUACUCGCAAGAGCAACGCAGGCGGCCGCUGACGUCCGGACUCCAUCACCGGGUCGUUCUUCCAGCUACAGAAGGAACCACAGGAUGUUGCUUCCUUUUAUUCCUAUGUUGUCUAUUUGAUGAUGAUGAUGAUGACAAAGAAACAUCUUAAUAAUAAACUGAUUUGUUACUUGGCAAAAAAAAAAAAGGUCUUUGUCCUCGAAGACUCACGACUUUUAAAAAAAAAUUUUUUUUUUUAAACUAGCUAUAAAAAGAAAAUAACUUCCUCCAGAGAGGUGGACGUCCUUCGGGGGGCCCGAUCCCUAAAAGCAGAUGUUCAGAGUCCGAUCUCAAAAAAAAAACAGUCCGUAAACUAAACGCAACCGUUCAUCGACGACUCAAAACCUUCGUUGGCUUCUUUUCUCCUUUAAAAAAAAA